AUGGAGAUUGCCCUAACACUUGCAGUGGUCACGGCACAUGCACAACCAAGGGAAACGGCUACUUCUGCUCGUGCUACAAAGGCUUUACAGGCGGUGACUGCUCCCGACGCAUUUGUCCGACGGGACCCGCGUGGAACGACAUCGCGGUUGGGACAGACCGCGCUCACCAACCGGCGGUUUGUUCGAAUCGUGGAACAUGUGACCAUGCAACGGGAGUGUGUAUCUGUGACGUUGGUUUCUCCGGUCUUGCGUGUAAUCGAAUAUGCAAGGCGAUGUGGCUCUCACAAUCUGAAUGACUUGGAUGUAGUGAGCUGUCCUAACGAUUGUGGCAAGCACGGCGAAUGCCAAUCCAUGAAACUCCACGCACUGCGUAAGGACAAAGGACUGCCACCAGCGGUUGUCUACAACUCUGUCUGGGAUAGUGAAAUGGUACAUGGUUGCGUUUGUGAAGAAGGAUACGGAGGCGGUGAUUGCUCUGAUCGCCUGUGUCCCAGCGGCGACGACCCACUUACGGGUGCCGCCACAGACACUUUGUUUGGGUUUCAGAAGAACGAGAAACAAACUGUCUUUUGCGCUGCAACGAGCGGAACGCUAACUCUUUCUUUCCGAGGCAAAACGACAGUCCGUAUAGAUGCUCUAGACAAUGCUGAUGUUGUGAGCAAGAAACUCAACGCUUUGCACACGCUCCAAAACGUGAACAUACUUUUUGGCGGUAACAGUACGACAAUGUGCACUGCAGACGGCAACAUGGUCACUGUUGAGUUCACACAAAACUUUGGGCCCUUGCCUCUGCUGGUCGGAGAUUCGUCUCUACUGAUGCACGCAGGUAUCGGAAUGACGCCGAAAUUGACGAUUUCGAAACCUGAGGUCGGAUCCAAGGAGAAUGAAGCAUGCUCCAACCGUGGUCGAUGCGAUUUGACUUCUGGUGUUUGUACCUGCUACGUGGGCUACACCACCAGUGAUGGAAUGGGCGGCCCAGGCGACCGUGGUGACUGCGGUGCCACUGACUCCAUCAUCAUCGCAUGCCCGGGUGAAACAGCUUGCAGCGGCCAUGGCUAUUGCUCUGGGCCACCUCAGUUUCGCUGUUUCUGCGUAGCUGGAUUCACGUCUGGAGAUUGCUCGGUCCGGACUUGUCCAGAAGGAAUUGCCUGGUUCGAUACGCCCAUAGGAGAUAACCGUGCUCACUCGAUGGCAGUUUGUUCAGGAGUCGGUGUGUGCGAUACUUCACUUGGUGAGUGCACGUGUCCGGCGCCAUUCGAAGGAGCUGCCUGUGAACGACUUACGUGUCCUCCAGGUUCAGAACCUGUUUGCAAUGGGCACGGCCGCUGUCUCACAAUGGCCGAGUUAGCGCUGGAAGCUCGCAACAGUCUUGAAGAUCCACUUAGCAUUACGUACAGCAGCACACCAAACGAUCCUAGAACUUGGGAUUUCAACAAGAUUCAGGGCUGCAUCUGCGACGAAGGGUACGAGGGACACGACUGUGCGCGACGCUCAUGUCCACGCGGUGAUGAUCCUCGGACAACAGGCCAGACGCGUGAAGUGCAGACUGUUCGCUGCGUUUACACGGCACUUGCCACGUUCACGCUUAGUUUUCGAGGGAAAGUAUCACCAGUGUUAUCGUCGAAUAUGUUUGCAGCGGAUAUGAAAGCUGCUCUUGCCACCGUUCCAACCAUCGGUGAUGUCCAAGUAUCGUACUCCGCGGGUCCCAAUAGUGGCGCAUGCACGCUCAGCAGCCAACCGGCCAACAUCAUUUCCAUCACGUUCAUAUCGGCGUUGGGAGAUCUGCCACCUCUGCAAGUAAACGCCGACCGCAACACAGUUUUGCUACCUGUGUUCACGAUCAAUAGCGACGGGAUUAGCGGCUCCAUUCGCGGCACCAAUGAGAACGCUGAGUGCUCCAACAAUGGUGUUUGUGACUAUAAUACAGGUACAUGUCAGUGCUUCGACGGUAUGGCAACUAGCGAUGGUCUUGGCGGCUUGGGGCUCCGUGCAGACUGUGGUUACCUUGUUCCUGACACCAUGAGACUGGUAGAUGUUUCGGAGAAGUAGCAAAGCUGAAGCUGCAACUUGAAGCGCAAAUGGAUGAUGUAUUUCUUUCGCGCUACUCCAAUUAUUACAGCUAGGAUAGAUAGGUAUGGAAAGACAUACACAUGCCUACGAUGUCAUCCACGCGCGAAGACAUCGUCAGGGACUUCCCUUCUACUU